CCGUCGCGCUCCUCGUCCCGGGCCCCGCGGGGGAGCAGACAGGGGCGCUGUGGCGGCGCCCGAGCCGCCCUUUGUGGCUCCGUGGGUUCCAAGAGCCAGCGCCCCGGAGCUCCCCGCGCGCGGCCACCCACCCAGGGCGCGGGCGCGAGGGGACUCUGGGGACUGGGCUUCGAUGAGGGGACAAGGGCGUGGGGAGCCAUCCCAGUUCGCCUUCGUCCUGGCUGGGGAUAUGGGCGUCCGCGGGUCUGGAAGGAGGCGGGAGCCAGCCUGGGAACACCUGGAUGGCGCUUCCUGGCGGCCUCUCCCGGUCGCGGCUGGCGGCGCUGGCCGGGGCGCAGGAGCUAGGUGGAGAGAAAGAGGCACAGAGCCCACGGAGCGAGAGGUUGCGCGCGCGGGUGUGGGUGGGUUGGAUAGGGGUGAGCGGCUCCUGGGUGUGUGGCUGCCCAGGCUGGGCCCCGAUGGGUGUGGAUGCGAGGGGCGGGUGCCGACGCAGCCCCGAGACCGGGGUCCUGUGUGUGUGUGUGUGUGUGUGUGUGUGUGUGUGUGUGUUGGGGGAGGGUCCGGGGUGUGUCGCGGCGCGUGCGACGCGCGCGGGAGCCAAUGUCCGCGGGCACCGCCAAGCAGCGUGCGCCCCCCGAGGUGGCCCGGGGUUGGUGCUGUGCAGCGCAGGGGAGGUGGCCGGGGUGCCGAGGGUCUCGCGGGCGUCUGGCGGCCCCCUGCGCUGGCCGUAGCAAUGCGUGGCGUCAUUUUCGCCUCCGCCCACCCUCCCCCGCUUUCCUUCCUUGGCUGUCUCUGGGCCCGGCCUCUCCUGCCCUCCCUAGGGGGAGAACAGCUGGAGUUGCUCGGCCAUUCCCGGGAGAUGCGCUGCUUCGGCCUCGCGGAAGACUUUGGGGCAGGACGAGGGGCCGCGCGGCGAGCUCGGGGGGACGUGCUGCCUGCGCCUCUGUCCUGUGAGGAGCCAAAGCUAGGAAUUCGGGGGGUCGCGGCCUCACCCCACGGCCCCACUCCGCCUACAGAGCCCACUCCCUCAGAGCAGCACCCCUCCUGGCUGGAACUGGGAGGAGGCGCCCAGCAGCAGGUGGGGGAGGGAGGGCCGCCUUAUUUGGGGCCCGGGAGCACCCCCUUUCUAACAGAUGACCCGGGCACUUAAGAGCGGCUCCGUUAAGCUACUGGAGAAGAGCAAAGCUUGCGAGGUCAGCCAAUGGCCAUGUCGGAGGAAUUUGGACAACCAUCCAAUGCCCCUUCGCGCGCUUGUCCUCCCGAGAGCCUCCAGUAAACAUGCUAUCUACAUGCAAACCCCAGGCUUGCUAGGAAAAUGCAGUUCCGACAGACCCAACCCAGCUCCCCAUAUAGACUCCCAGUCUUUACUGAGUGCCACAAGUGGGCACUGAAGAAAGCCAGGUGCCCAGAGGCAGGGCCCCAGCGCCUGCCUGCCAGGGGCUGCUGCUGGCUGUUGGGGAGACCGUGCGGGUGCAAAGGUGGGCGGUUUGUGCUGUGGCUGGUGGUGGUGGGGGGUGUCGGGAAGGACAGAGUGGGGGAGGGACGGCUGUGAGUGGUGGAAAGCCUCAGGAGUGGUGCUCGGGUGUGGGUGUAAGGAGCGCCCCCUGCGGUGUCCCCCAACCUGUGACUUCUUAGCCAUGCGGGACCUUGUUUCCCGCUACAAGGUGGGCUGCACAGGGGUGGGGGCUGUGCCUGCCUCGCCCUGCAACUUGUCACCCGGCCCAGGGCCUGGCACGCAGAGGACACUUUCACAGGGCCAACCGAAUGCUUCUGCCUCCUGUGACCCAGCAGGUGGAGUCCCGAGGAGGGAGCCGCCCUUGGCAGGUGGAGGUGUGGGGUUGGGCUCUCCAGGGAGCUUGGCACGUGCCUUGGGGUCUUGCCCUCCCGAGGUCGUCUCCUUGAAGCCACAGGCACACCCAGGACUGCCGACUGUUGGCUUGGUUGCUUGGCAUGGAACAGAAUAUCCACACGGGUGCUAGUCCAGUCCAACCUCUUUGCAUCUUCCAGGUGGAGGGAGGGUUGUGCCCAGUCCUGGUGGGAACCGGAGCUCCCCCGGGAGUCUGUGGUCUGGGCAGAGGCCGUGUAAGGGGUUCCAGACUCCAUUUGGGCCCGUCUGCUUCUGAGGGGCAAACUAGUGUCUUGUAAGGAAACUUCGGAGGCAGAAGCUCACUGCUGUGGCCUGGGAAAGCAGUAGAAGAUGGCCCAAGUCCUUGGGUCCCUGCACCCACAUGAGAGACCUGGAGGAGGCUCCUGGCUCCUGGCUUCGGAUUGGUCCCGCUCUGGCCAUUGCGGCCAUCUGGGGAGUGAACCAGUGGAUGGAAGACUUCUCUCUGUGUCUCUGCCUCUGCCUCUCUGUAACUCUGCCUUUCAAAUAAAUAAAUAAAUCCUAAAAAAUGCA